GAGAAACUGCAGAGUCCCUGCGCGGACGUGCGUGAGUGUGCGUGCGCGAGCAUCUCUCGGAUGGUGCAGCAGAGCCUCACCAUCCCCAGCUUCCUCCAGCGGGACGCGGUGCGUCGUCUCGGGCCGCUGCUGCUCGACCCCUGCGUGGCUGUGCGGGAGACCGCGGCAGGAGCCCUCAGGAACCUGAGUGUGUGCGGGGGUCCCGAUGUGUGUGAGGACAUGGUGAGACAGGACAUCCUAACUCCUCUCACCAAGCUGCUCAGGGAGUGCUGCUCGGGGUUUGAGGUGAGCCCGGGCCAGAAGAACUCUAAGAGCACGGUGGAGGACGUGGCCAACGAGGCCGUCAACCUGCUCUGGAACCUGUGUGAGAACAGCAGUCGGGCCGUAUCAGUGUUCAAUAAAGCGGGGCUGUUGGACGUGCUGGUGUUGUGCCUGGAGAGACAUGAGCAGAAGGUGGAGCUAGCGCUCUCUGCUGCCCACUGCCUACACACGGUGACGGAGGAGAACGCGGAGCUGCUGGGGAGUGUGAACGUGGCCGUGCUGUCAGCGCUGGAGGCCGUGCUGCUCUCCACACACACCGACAUGCAGCACACACUCCUGCGCACGCUCUCCGCAGGCUCGUUAUGGAACCUGAAGAACAGCAUCCCUGCGGGGCGGCAGGCCCAGACGCUGAGCGCCCUGGUGGCCACUCUCUCCGCCAGCCUCCAGCUGGACGCGGGCGCGCUGAUCCCAGACCUGCUGCAGGCCGAGGCCGUCCGCUUUGCCGCCGAAGCCAACGACGCCAACGACGCCGCCGAGGCGCAGGGAGCUGAAGAAGAGGAGCAGCAUCAUCAUCAUCAUCAUCAUCAUCAGGCCAACGGGGGAGAGGAGGAGGAGAUGGAGGAGGAGACGGAGGAGGAGAGGAUGAACGGAGGCAAGGCCAUGAGUAAAGAUGGAGACAUCUCUGACCUGCUGCCGCCGGGAAGGGAGGAGCUGAGGGAGGCCACAGCACUGCUUUUGGCUCAGCAGACGUCUCUGGAGGUCAUCGUCAACAUGUGCUGCUCCGAAGACCCCUCUGAUGACGAGUGGGAGGAGGCGUCCAGCAGUGAUGAGGGUGAGGCUGAUGCGGUGGGGGCCGGUGGCCUGCAGUCUCCUCUCUGUCUCUCCGCCGAGGUCUACAGCGCCCUCACGCACCACAACGUACCGCAGAAGGUCCUGAAGAAGGCAGAGUUCCCCAGUCCUGCUGCUGUUGAUGCUUGCCAGAGGAACGCAUCUUGGAGGAGUCUGGUCAAAAAAAUGCACCGGGUCCAGUGUCGGGCCCUCACCUGUCUCCACAACAUGCUGGCUGCCAUGGAUACGGAGUCUCUGGGUGGAACAGCAGGUCUGCAGACAGUGGCUCAGCACCUGGCCAGCCUAGUGUUCAGCUCUGCAGAGGUUCUGAAGGAGGAGGAGUUUCUGGAGGCAGUGACCAGUGCCUUGCGUUCGCUGCUGCAAAUCAUGGCCUCCAAAAGCAUCCCACAGUGUAUGAGUCCUCAGCAGCUGAUGGGUGUGUGUGAGGCGGCCACUCGCUGUGACGUGGUGAGUGUGAGGGUGAACGCUCUGGCCAUCCUGGGCAUCACAGGAAGCACACUGGCCAAGGAGACCAGCUCAGCUGACACACUACAGAUGAUCGGGACAGCACUGCUGUCGGUGGCCAGUAAGGACCCCAACCUGGUGGUGUGUGGGGAGGCGCUGGACGCGCUGUUCGACGUGUUCGCCGACGGCGACGAGGCCGAGAAGGCGGCCCGCAACAUCCGCCUGCUGAGCUCCCUCAAGGCCCUGCAGCCCGUCUUCAAAGCCAAGCUGCGCAAGGAGGGCCGAGGGAACUACAGCCCUGAGCAGCUGUGCGUGCUGGACAACAUCAAGGUGAACCUGCGCAGGUUCAUCGGCUACCUGGAGACCCUGGAGAGGAAGUGACCUCACACCACACUCAGCGCUCACCUGCCCUGCCCUGCCUACCUUAACUGACCUCUGGGUGACCUCUAACAAUGUCAGACUCGGGAGUAGAGGACACCAGAACGGAUCAUCCCAGCAUCCGGUCAACUCUGGACAUUUACUUCACAACACCCCCAGGACCUGACCUGGGCUUUGUUUUGUUUGAGUCUCUCCUUUGAUGGAGAAAAUUAAUGUUUUUUAUUAUUUUGUAUGUGUGUGUGUUUAAAAAGUAUAUGAAAUAGAAGACAAAGAAGGACAGAGUGGUCCUAUGUAUCAUGUUUUGGAUUUAAACAAACUUAUUUUAUGAAUUUAAAUGAAGGCAUGAUACAUGCCAAUCUUAUUUCACAGCCAUAUCCAGACAUGUAUUACUGUGAUGGGACAAAAAAAGAAAAAAAAAAUCCAAACCAAUGAACUCCUUGUGUUAUUUAACUGUGGUUAUAUUGGAACCCAAGGGUACCACAUCAAUAUGUAGCUUGGGGAAGACACACACACACACACACACGCUUUGACCAGUAGGGGAGUGGGGUAAGUUACCAGUGAGUCACACUACCCUAAUUUCCCAACUAUUAGCCACGUCUUAUACGUUGAUUUUGCAACAUUUCUUCAGCUAUGAGAUUAACACACGGGAGCAGUUACUGUAAUACAGUAAUAUGGUUUUGUUUCUUGUAACUUGCACAAUACACUGUCCUGCAGCUCAUGCACAAUGUAACUAAUACACAGGAAAUGACUGUAGUGAUUUUGAGAGUCGAGAGACAAUCUUUUUUUUUUUUUUUUUCAGUAUAUUUUUUGGACUCUUUGGCCUCUAUUCAUAGGACAGUGAAGAGAGACCAAAGGCCAUCGGGCCCUCAGGCCACCCUCAUCUCAUGAAGUCUGUUUCUGACAGUGUAGUCUACAGGCUUGUGCACAAUUCCGAAUUUUAGAAUUUGCCUCCAUUCAAUUCAUGAGUUGGAAUUUGAAUUGAAUUGGCUCCACCCCACAGGAAGUUGAAUUUGAAUUGGAAUGACAGGAAGUGGAAUUCAAUUCAUGGCAAUUCAAAACAAUUCCAUAGUCACAUACCGUAAUUUCCUAACUAUUAGCCGUGGUAGCAGUUAAUAUGGUGUUAAUAUGGUUUUGUUUCAUUUAACUUGCAUAAAACAGUGUUCUGUAACAUGCUGUAACAGGAAGAAUGUGUUUAACCUCACAUACAUUCAGUUCAGGGAAAAUUACAUUGGAAAUGUAAUUGAUUACUGUUUUCAAUUAUAAAUUGUGUGUUUGUUGAGAUCAUA